AUGCAUCUAAAUCUGCAGCAGCAGCAGCAACAGCAGCAGCAGCAGCAGCAGGGGCCACCACCCUAUGGUUGGGGAGGAGGAGAGGGUGGGCCCCCACAACCGUACUACGGCAGCAGCAGCAGCAGCAGCAGCAGCAGCAGCAACUACAACAACUAUGGAGGUAACUACAGCAGCAGCAACAGCAACAACUACAAUGGUGGCAAUAAUUACAACGGCAGCAACUACAGCAGCAGCAGCAGCAGCAGCAACUACAGCAGCAACUACAGCCGCGACUACAGCAGCAGCAGCAACUACAGCCGCGACUUCAGCCGCGACUACAGCAGCAGCAGCAGCAGCAGCAGCAGCAGCAGCAACUACAGCAGCAGCAGCAACUAUAACAGCAGGUAUCAAUUGGAUGUAGGAGACUACGAUGUUCCCCCUCCUGCUGCAUAUACAUUAGACAGCAGCAGCAGCAGCAGCAGCAGCAGCAGCAGCAGCAGCGACUGGGGGGGCCCCUUCCCUUGGGAUAAAGAGGUCGAUCGUAUUAACAAACAAAUCUUCAAAAAUAAAUCCUUCAGGCCUAUGCAGAGGGAGGCAAUAAAUGCAUUAUUAAGUAAUAAGGAUGUAUUUAUAGUUAUGCCAACAGGAGGAGGAAAAAGUCUUUGUUUUCAAUUACCUGCUGUAUUAAAGAAUAGAGGAUUUGCAGCUGUAGUUAUGCCCUUAUUGUCCCUUAUGCAGGAUCAAAUGGAUCAGCUGCAGGCGUUGGGUAUUGAAUGUCGCGCCUUUACAUCUAAUCAGACUUGGGAGGAACAACGACAAGUUUAUGAUGACCUGCGUGAUGAAUGUCGUGAGGUUCGUAUAUUAUUUGUGACACCAGAGAAGUUACGCAGCAGCAAAUUGUUGCGCUGCACUCUGCAUGCAGCAAAUAAGGAGGGACGUUUGUCUCUUUUUGCUGUUGAUGAGGCACAUUGUGUCUCUCAUUGGGGAAGAGACUUCCGUCCUGAUUACUUCUAUCUACAUUCUCUUAGAGAUGAGUAUCCAAAUGUACCAAUAAUGGCAUUAACAGCAACAGCAACAAUUGCAGCAAUUGAGGACAUAAAAAAAAAAUUAAAAAUGAAUAAUCCUGUUCUUUUUCAUCGUUCUUUUGAUAGGCCCAACCUCAGGUAA